AUGACGCACGCGAACCGUUGGAACGUUCUCGACGCCGACGUCGACUCGCACGUCGCCGUCGCCUCGUCGAGGUCGAUCGUCGACGCGAGUGAUGACGAGAACGAUCGUCGACGCGCCCUUCGCAGGCUCGCCGUGGCCGUCGCGCGCGCUGGGAGCUUUGGAUGCGUCGUGCGCGGUGGUCUAUCUCUCGGGAAGAUCGCGCUCCGGGCGAGCCGUGGCGGGCGUCGACGACGCGGGAACGACGCACGAGCCGUCAUGUUGGAGGUGUUGUCCUACGGGCUGUUCACGGCGGCGUUCGCGGGGACGUACGUGAGCGUGGACGAGGGAUUGAAGACGGAACGGGAGCGCGGCGGGGGACGGUUGCGAAAGACGUGGCGGUGCGCGCUCGCGGGCGCGUGCGCGGGAACGUCGCUGCUCGUCGUGGGUGGGGAACACUAUGCCCUGGCGGGAUACGUCUGGGUGCGGUCGUUGGUGCUGCUCACGCGCGUGGCGCAGAAGAGCGAGAACAAGACGGCUCGGCGGUUGUCGAGGUGCACGCGCUGGGAACACGGAGACGUGGCGCUGAUGACAGGGAGCGCAGCGGUGAUCCUGUCGUGCUUCAUAUUGAAGCCCGAGCUCGUGGAGCCGGCGUAUAGACACUUUUUGGAGGUUCACGCGGGGAAGACGAUUGAGGAGUACGCGGCGCUGAAGGAGCUGUGCUUGGCUGACGGAGACGCUGCGCGGAGAGCGCUGUGCUCAAAACUUGCUACAUCCGCUACGUGGUCGACGGGCGAAAGUGCGAGAGAGGUUGCAAAUAAGACUAUGGCGAAGAGCGUGGCCGACGGGUCCGGGACGAUUGAUGCGAUGGGGCUGUAUCGGUUGUUGUUUUUUCAGGGCGCUUCGAAUCCGGAGCACUUUUUCACGCACAUUGCCAAAUCGUUCACAACGACGUUGAGAGUUUACAUGCCCGUAUAUCUCGUUCCAGCGCUGGUUGUUCAUAGAGGUAAGCUUUUCUCGCGCAGGAGGGGACCGGAUCUCCUGAUGCGCAUAGCCAAGGGUUCGGCGCGCUCGGCUCUGUUCUUGUCAUCGUACGUCGGUGCCGCGUGGAGCGGCGUUGAUGUGGCAAAUCGAGCUCUCGGUGGCACGUGCGACGUGCGCUCGCUCUCAGUGGGUGUUUCUAUGGCUGGUUUGGCAACGUUUAUCGAGAAGAAAUCACGUCGAAUGGAGUUGGCGAUGUACUGUGUGUCGCGCGCGCUCGAGUGCGCAGCGAUGGUCGCGGUGCAGCGAGGGCUUGUCCCAAAGUUUGUUCAGCGCCAACGCUGCGAUAUCGUUCUCUUCUCGCUUGCGUCGGCAACCAUUAUGCACUGCUAUAGCACUGAGCGCGACGUCUUCAAGAGUAAGUAUCUCAACGUCCUCGACUAUAUUUUUGGCUGCACAGGCCACGAUUCGCAGACAAUUUCUCACGUGGCGAGUUACGAGAUUUUGUUCGCCAGCGAGCGCAAAUCUGGACCACCCGGCGAGACAGUGGUCGAUCCACCGACACCCAGAGAAAUGGUAGACUUAGGGGCGCGCACGACGUACGUCACCGAGAAGGACUUCCGCGAGGCGAGCGCAAAGAUGAGCGAGUCCCUCGUCGGAGCGUCGGUGGAGGAAAUCCUCAACCUGUAUGGAUUGUAUAAGCAAGCUGUCGCCGGCGACGCGCGCGAUCACCCGAGACCGAGCGUGUUUGACCCCAAGGGGCGCGCAAAGUACGCCGCGUGGGAGCACUUCGAGGGAACCACCUCAGAGGCCGCCAUGACAGGCUACGUCACGCUGGUGAACUCGCUGACACGCAAAGAUGGUACCACAAAAUCAUGA